GCCGCCGGUGGGGACUUCAGCGCUGCGGUGGUGGUGGUGGCUCACGUGUGCUGAAGGGGGCAACUGUCUGCUGCUGCAACUCGCUAGGAACGUUGCAAAAAACUCCCCAGCGCAACUCUCGCCCCGCACAGCAACACCGAGCGCGUGUUCUCGCGAGAGCAGUGGCGGCGGUGUGACGGGCAGUGAGGCUGCAGCAGGCAGAGGGAGACGCUGGAAGGUAACGCAGGGAGGCAGCAUCAUGGCGGACAGAGACAGUGGCAGUGACCACGGCGGGCCACCCACCGCAGGCCCCGGCUCGCUGCCCGCCGGCGCCAUGGGCGCCAUGUCCCGGCUGCAGCACGACACCGAGGAGCUCGCCUCCAAGCGCGUUGACAUCCAGAACAAGCGCUUCUACCUCGACGUCAAGCAGAACGUGAAAGGCCGCUUCCUGAAGAUCGCCGAGGUCGGCGCUGGAGGAAACAAGAGCCGCCUGACGCUCUCCAUGUCGGUGGCGGUGGAGUUCCGCGACUACCUCGGCGACUUCAUCGAACACUACGCCCAGCUGGGCCCCAGCAACCCGGACAUGGUGCAGGACGAGCCGCGGCGGGCGCUCAAGAGCGAAUUCCUGGUGCGGGAGAACCGCAAGUACUACAUGGAUCUGAAGGAGAACCAGAGGGGGCGGUUCCUGAGGAUCCGGCAGACCGUGAAUCGGGGGCCCGGGCUGGGGAGCGCGCAGGGCCAGACCAUCGCUCUGCCGGCUCAGGGGCUCAUCGAGUUCCGCGACGCUUUGGCCAAACUCAUCGACGACUACGGCGUGGACGAGGAGCCGGCGGAGCUGCCGGAGGGCACCUCGCUGACGGUCGACAACAAGCGCUUCUUCUUCGACGUGGGCUCCAACAAGUACGGCGUGUUCAUGCGGGUCAGCGAGGUGAAGCCCACCUACCGGAACUCCAUCACGGUUCCGUGCAAAGUCUGGUCCAAAUUCGGCAGCACCUUCUGUAAAUACGCGGAGGAGAUGAGGAAGAUCCAGGAGCGGAGUCGAGAGAAGCGGGCCUCGGAACUGCUACCUGAGGGCCCGCACGGCGGAGGAGGAGACGACUGCGACGACGACUGACGGGGAUCCCCCCCCCCUCGUCUCUCUCUCGCUCUUUCUUUUUUUUUUCCUUUCCGUUUUUGGGACGAGAGACGAAUCAAGAGUGUAAAUUAGAGAUCGAAAUUCCGAGGGAAGCACCCCCCCACACACACACACAGGGCAGCAGCCCAGCUGUCUCCUCCUUCAUUUGACUGGAUGUCACCCCACUCUCCACGUGUGUAACAGUCAGCGCUGCUAUCAAGGACUGAACUGUAAGAUAUGAACUGUUUCCUACUUGAGUUCAAUGACAAUGAGCAUAGUGUUUCUAUCGACGCGACAGAUUUGCACACAUCAGAGCUAUUUAAGAAGAAUAUUUCAUUUUGUUUGGGAAUCCAGAUGAAAUCCCGAGGCCUGGCAUUUGAAGUGAUGAAUACAGAGCAAUUACCUGACAUCAGCACAAAGGUCUUAUAUAUAUAUACAUGUAUACAUACAUACAUACAUAUAUAUAUACACGUAUAUAUAUUACAGAGUUCUUUUCAAACCAAAAAGCUGGAACGUUGCAGAUGGAGGCAGAUUAAAAGGCUCUGUUAGCUUGUGGAAAAAAUUGCGAGGCUUUCUUUCACACAGUCCUUGAAAAGUGACGAUCGAGUCUUUAAAACAAUUCAAGCCUUGCUGUGCACCUCAAACUAGCAGGGUCUCCCAGCUACUGUAGUCAAUAUCAGCCCUCUUGCACCAUAGAAACUUCAACGGAAAAAAAGUGCUAACUUAGAUGUACUAAUUAUGAUUUUGUGAAUCAGCUGUAUACAAUUCCUUAUUAAGAUGCCCACGUUUUCUGUGGGUUAACGUUUUCUCUAUUUGUUUUAUUUCCGUUGGGAGCGGUUGGGUGUGGGAUACUAAAGGUAACGGACCAUUUUUGUUGUUGUUGUUGUUGUUGUUGUUGUUGUUUUGGAGCGCGAUGUGUCAGACCCAAACAAUGGCAGUGCAAACAAAGCGACUCGGCUAACACGUCGGCUGCGACGUUCUUACAACCCGUGCCUUAUACACUCCACUCGUUUACGUGUACUCACGUGGAUGGUCCGUGACCUUGACCUGUAGGCUUUCAUUUACGAGUGCCGAUAUGAAGGCGGAAUUCCGAACGUGCCCCUGAAGCACACGGGUGGCAACUCCACGGAUGACGCCGAGCCUGCCCAUCGCUGCCACUGGCUGAGUGAAGCUUCAAAAUCAUGUGAUGCAGCACUUGUGGUGAUUCAUCCUGAGAUGUUGCUCGCACAACAUAUGCACCGUGAUGCUGGGAAAAGAAGGGCCCGUGGGAUGACCUCAGAUCUAGACCGAUGAAGAGGAAGCUGCCGUCCAUGCAGCAGUCCUGAGUACAGUGCGGUGGAUGUAGAGGCCUGACAUUGCCCAGGGCCCAGGCGGCGUCGAUCUCUUUAUGGUGCUACAGCCCCUUGAUCGCCCCUUCAUGGGGCGAGACGCUCAACGUCAUACGUCACUUUUGCAUUACUGUUCUUCACAUUUGUUUUCUCCACUUUGUGUUGUUUGAAACGUGUCGGGCCCCUGCUGCCCCGGCAGAGCGGAGACAGCUAUCGGCCAGGACGUUUCAUAUCAGUGUGCAAUAUUGUGUGCGCGCCGGUGGAGGCGCCGCAUCACAUGUACAGACCAUAAAGACGUGAAAUAUGUACAGGCUAUGUGAUCGGUAGAAGCAUGGAGACAAAGAGGUUAUUGAACCUGCAUUGUGUUACUGAAAUGCGAAAAGUCUUUCUUCUCGGGCUCCAAGUAAAACGAAAAAAAAAAAAAAAAAGUAGUGAGGUAUGUUUUCCGUCGUCUCUCGGUACGUGUCGACUAGUGCGGGUGUUGUGCGUGUCAGUCCCCCAGUUCCCCCUUUCCACACAACCCCUGACUGUCUCCGCUGUGGCACACACUCAACCUUAGGGUCUCGUCCCUCCCCGCCCCCCUUGCUGAGGCCCCUUCAGGGAGCAGGAAGCCUCUUUAGGCCCUACUGGAAUUGACUUAACACAAUCUGUCCUCAACACAAUGCUUCCUGGCUAAAGCUGUGCGUGAGUCAGUCAUUUGAUAACUAUAGCGGUUAUAACUUCCUUCCUGAUGCACGUCCCGUGAUCAGGACUCGGCGCUGUGAUUGGUCGCUCCUCUACCGAGGUGUGUUGCGCCUGUCUUAUGUAACACCGGCCGCCCCUGGUCUUGGUGAAAGGCCUGAAAAAGCCUGGCACCGAGCCAGAGUAGCCUACAGUGACCUCUGACCUUGGCCGGCCCUCAUGCUCCUCCACCGAAGCUCUGACAAGCCACCUUUGUGCCCGGCGAAGCACAACGAGGUCGAGCCGAGUUCAUCUCGAGUUCAUCGCGGACUCACUUGUGAUGCUGCACUUUUUCAUUAGCAUUGAGUUGCUAAAGGGUUCUCUCACUCUGCACGGCGACUGGAACACACUUCCCUGACGUCGCUUCAGUGAUGCGCACCUCAUUUUUGCUGCUUGUUUUUGAAACUACGUUUACAUGGCAGACAAUAUUCCCACAUGUCAACACAGUGGGGUGAUCCACGACAGAGUAUGAGCACCCGGUGCUACGUGGACGGAUCUGUUGAGCAGAUCUAAACUGAGAAGGCUACAGUUGAAUAUUUAUGACACUGCAUUAACUACAUCGACUUGCAACGCUGUUGUGUGUUCUCCUUAGUUUUGCUCUUUGCACGACUGGUGGGAGACGAUUUCAAUUGUGUUUCCAAAUAUUACAUGGAGCAGUUUGACAGUAUUGUGCGUCUGACUCGAUAGGAUGCGCUUCCGAGGGCGAGGGGAGUUUUGUGACCUCAUUCGCUGCAGAAGGUGAAUAAACAUUGAGACCCAUGUGUGAAGAACUCCAUCAGGCCUGCAGGUGGCGCUGUCCUCCGUGUAUCUGUCCACUAACGUGCAGCUGUAGGAGGUGAUGGAAAUUCUAUUUUUGUGAACUUGAGUAGCCAUGGUAGCAAUCCCAGUCUCUUUUGAAUGUGUUUCAUUUGCAGCCGUACUUUCCUCACGUGUCGAUCGGAGCUCAACACACAACGAUGCAGCAGCUGUGGCUUGCAUGUUGUUCAAUUGCGAUUGCUAUGAUGGCUACCGCUGUCAUGCCGACUCUGUAUGCACAGUCCAAGCUUCCGUUUUUGGAUUGACACUUCCGCUACGCCGGACUGGACUUCCAGCACGGGAUCGAGUUCAGUGUCCAUCUAGAGGCGCGAGCAGGGCACAGGCGCCGUGCGGCCACGAGUGGGAGUUUCAGGGGUGGGGUUGAUGCACAAUGAACAUAUCCCAUGACACCGUGUGAAGCCCUUUAUCAUCCCACACCAGACAAUGUGUUGUAACUUUCAAACUAUUUUAUCUGUGGUGUGUGUGUGUGUGUGUGUGCGUGCGUGCGUGCGUGCGUGAGUGUGUGUAUAUAUAUAUAAAUAUAUAUAUAUAUAUAUGGUUUGUUAUAUAUGAAGCUCCUCCUUUCAGAAAAAAACAGUGUAAAAGAGGAAAAAUGUUGCUGUUUUUUUCCUUUGUAUUUUAUACUUACAGAAAGCAUUGAAUAAAAAAAUACUUGCACUUUAGAUAUAUUAAGAAAAAUCUGCAUAUUAUUUUUGAUAGGGAUCUCACAUACAAAGAGUAUAAAUAAAUUACCGGCUUUGUGACGUUUGCUGGACAGAGAUGUUCUACUUAUUGAAGUAUAUUUUGUCUGUGUGUCCGAAGGUUUACUUAAGUCAACUGCAUGAUGAAUUAGUGCUUCUUUUUCUCUUUUCUUUUUUCUUUUCUUUUUUUCCUUUAACUUGCUAAAACUGUCUGAAAACUGUGAUAACAACCCUUCUGGUUUCAUUUCUACCCCCCCCCACCUCAGAUGAAAUUUGCCUUUUUUUCCCCCCUGACUCCAUGACGAUGGUGCUUACUUUGGCUUCGAGCUCAUGACAUCACCGUAACUUGCGUCCGUACGGAUUUCUGUUCAUGUGAUCUCACAACCUUAUUAAAUUUCUGUUGAUGGCAAAAAAAAAGUGUGCUGUUUUGUACAUUGCUGUUUGCUUUUAAUGUCGGGGGAGUCUUGUUGUCUGAAAAUGACUAAUCGCGCAAUAAAAACGUCAUUCCACGUGUGCCAGUCUCUGCUCAACUGUCUGUCCGUGUCAGCAGGCGGGUGCACGGAUCCUGCGACGCUUUGGGGCCGCUGAAUUGUACGGCAGCUCGUGAUGGAACCGUGCUUAUUACAGAUGCAUUACAUGGUACUUACAAGUUUGUUACGAACAAGAAGGUAGUACAAAAGUGAACAGUGAGCUUGCCCUGUUAGGCGUCUUAUUGCCGUGGACUGUGGCCUCUGAAGGAGGAGAGUUUCAGCCUUCUCCACCAACCCCAGCACGCUCCUCCCGGGUCCUCGGCUGUUGCUUCCUGUGAGGUCUCUUGUUCAGACCAAAGUUCUGUCUGUCUUGACUGUAUUCAUGCGGCACUCAUGAGGUC